AAGAGCUGACCGUUGAAUGAUGCCCGUUGCGGAGAGCACAGACAUGGAUACCUGUGAGCUGGACCUUCAGCAGCGGCGCUCACCGCAGUGGAGCGGCAAAACGGCCGUGUUUAUCGCGCUCACGGUCAUUGGAUUUGUACAGAUUGUCUCCAGUGUUGCAGUCCUGUUACACUUGACCGGGCAUAUACCUCAGGCAGACUCCUCCACAGCGCUACAGGGGAACACAGAGGUUGUUCCCACCGAUCUCGUCCCAGCUGAUGCAUUCAGACACGCCAAGGCCAGAGCAGAACCCAAAGUUCAGAGGAAAAACAAGAACAUCACCCCAGCAGCUCACCUGCCAAUCAAACCAGCCAGCGGACAUGUACAGAGGAAAGUCCAUGCCGCUAUCAUCCACUGGAACUCUGAGCAAGGCAACCUUCACCAUUUUGGAUAUCACAAUGGACGGAUCCUUGUUCAGGAAUCAGGCCUGUACUACGUGUAUGCCAAAACAUGUUUUCGUUACUAUGACAUUCUGGAGGUAGGUCCUGAGUCAGCACAAGGCGGUCAUUCGAAAAGGUCACCAACCAUAUCACCGUCUGAUGAAGGAGUGCAGCUAAUACAGUAUGUGUUCCAGGAGCGCUUGUCACUCAGUUCCCCCUUAAAGUCAGCACUGCUAAUGAAAAGUGGGAACACAUGGCGUUGGAAGCGAGGGACUUAUCACAUGUGCUGUCAACAACAAAGCGGGGUGUUUUCACUACGGGCUGGAGAAGGUUUAUAUGUGAGUGUUUCAAACUCUUGGAUGCUUGACCCAGAAGCUGAAGGCAGCUACUUUGGGGCUUUUAGGGUAAGCAGUGAAAUGUAGCUUUGAAGACUGUGUGUUUCUCAAACUGUUUACCUGAUUCUAUAUUUAUUUUUUUCCAUACUUGAGAUACCCUUAAAGACAUUCUGUGACAUUAUAGAAACAAAUACACUAUAUUGCCAAACUAUGUGAUCAUUUGGUCAUCACACCUAUAUGAGCUGGCUGGACAUUCUAUCUAAAAAGCAUUCUCCUGGCGUCGAGCAUAGGCGAUUUUUACACGCUAUACACCUCAAAAACCCGGCAGCCCGGAUCUCUGAGUUUGAGCAAACACCUGUACCACUUGGUGGCUGAGCUGUUGCUCUUAGAUGAGAUCCAUUUCACAGUAAUAGUACUUACAAUUGACUGGGGCAGUUCUAGCAGGGCAGAAAUUUCACAAUCUAACUUGUGGCAAGAGUGGCAUCUUAUGAUAGUGCCACUUUUAAUGUCAUUAAGCUGAAACUUAAUAAUUAAGAGUGUCCACAUACUUUUGUUAACUGUUAAAUAUACACCAUUGUUAAAAAAGAAAAAAGAAGUUCCCUGUGUUCAUUUCUUGUUGCUGUGUAACAUUGUAUACUACUGUUAAGUAAUUUGAGUUCUCUUAAUAUUUAAGUUUUAACACACUUUUACAUGGCAUAGUGUGACUCAGAUAUGUAUCUCAAUGCAUAUUGUAUAUUUUUAUAUACUAUGGCACUGCUGAGCCAAAACUGGGCUUUUGUUUCACAAAAAUAUCCUACCUGUUUAAUCAGUUUUACCAUUUGUAUUAUUUUAUACACUACCUUGCAAAUCAUUUUCCUUUUCAGUGAAAUGAAUAAAGACUGGAUGUUCUCUUGGACUCCAACUGUUGUUGGUGUUCACUUUGCUGAUGCACACCCUUUUAAAACAGAAUUAUAUAUUGUGGAAUGCUUAUUGGUCUACAGUAGAGGAUUUAUUAAUAUGAUUGCUGGCAAGAGAAAAAGAGUCUGAAGUUGAAUCACUGAAGAAAAGCAAACAUAGCUCAACU